AUGGUGGAGGAGGGUCAGGGUAAAGCCCCUUCUGACAGCCCACAGGAAUGGGGGGGGCACAGUGUCCUCCGUGGGGAACAAACCCUGCUCAUUACUCCUGGCCCCCUGUCGGCCGGGCGGAGGGAGCAUCCCUCCCGGGCUGAAGGUCCGGAGCUCGUGGGCGCCGCCCCGCGCACCUACCUGGCCCGCCCGCACCUGCCGGAUCUGCAGGCACCUGGCCCGCCAGCACCCGCCCGGCCCGCGCCCGGCCCGCACUUCCGUCAGGCCCCGUCUCCCCGCCGUUUGCUCUCCUUCCCCGCCGCCGGCCGCUCCGAGGGUGCAUCUCUGUCGUCACUGGACCCCUCGAGGCUCGCUCCGGGCGCCAGAGAGCUGCACCUGGAAGAUGCGCCCGGGGACAGCGGGACUGCUGCCUUCUCCAGUGUCAGGGAAGGGUCCGGGGCCAACCUGAGACCCCGAGAAUCUGAGGGUGGGGAUGAGGGCACUUUGAAGACGGCAUUCUUCUUCUUCGCCUCCAUAUGCGCCUGGUAUUCCGGGUACCUGCUCGCAGAGCUCAUUCCAGAGGUAUCCCUGACCAGUGCUGUUUAUAGCACCUGGAGCAUCACCAGGAAGCCCCUCCUCAAGGCCCCAGCCCCUAAAAGGCAGAAAUGUGACCACUGGACCCCGUGCCCCUUGAACACCUAUGCCUACCGCUUGCUCAGCGGGGGCGGCAAGGACAAGUAUGCCAAAAUCUGCUUUGAAGAUGAGCUGCUCAUGGGAGAAAAGACUAGAAAUGUUGGAAGAGGGAUAAAUAUUGCCAUUGUCAAUUAUAUGACUGGGAAAGCGAUAGCAACACGGUAUUUUGAUAUGUUUGAAGGUGAUAACUCUGGACCGAUGACGAACUUUAUUCAUAGUGCACCUCCAAAGUCCCUGCUCUUCAUGGUGACCCAAGAUGACGGUGCGAGCAGGCUGAAGGAGGACGCCAAGAAGGUCAUAGAAGCACUUGGAAGUAAACAAAUCAGGAACAUUCGGUUCAGGUCAAGCUGGGUAUUUCUCACAGCAAAAGGCUUUGAGCUUCCUGCAGACAUUCAGAGAGAAAAUAUCAACCACUCUGACAAUGCGAGGAACAGGUACUCUGGCUGGCCUGCAGAGGUACAGAUAGAAGGCUGCAUCCCGAAACAACCGAGCUAA